GCCACCACACGGAAGACGACGGCGCCGCGACCUUUCCCUUCACGCUGUAAAGAAAAUCUUCGUUUCGGAUUAAUAAUGUUGAUUUAAAAAUGAUUUAAGAGUCUAAGAGAGUAAGAGAGUUCCCUGUGUGACUGAGGAAGGAAACAGAAGCGACAUGUUCCGUUGUACUCUGGUGGUUUGUGGCAGAGGAGCCGCUAAAAGAUUCGCCUCGUCGUUCUCCGCUCUGCCUCCUAACUUACUGCUGCCAUCCAACCUGGUGGAUCCUUCCAGACUAAAGCGUGCUCCUCCUCCUGCUGACUGCUCUCUGCCUCUGCUGAGGCGCUGCGAUGCCGCCGUCCCGGCUCAUCUGAGCGCCGUGCAGACGUGGGUGGACACUCUGGAGCGGCCGGACAGCGAGCCGCUCGGCCUGGCUCAGCUCCACCCCGACGUGUUCGCUGUGCCUCCCAGGCUGGAUAUCCUCCACCAGGUUGAAGUGUGGCAGAGAAACUUUAAAAGAAUUAGCCACGCCAGCACAAAGAUCAGGUCAGAGGUCAGAGGAGGAGGCAGGAAACCCUGGAGGCAGAAAGGAGGUGGAAGAGCUCGCCACGGGAGCAUCCGAUCGCCGCUGUGGAAAGGAGGUGGAGUGGCCCACGGACCCCGAGGGCCGACCAGCUACUACUACAUGUUACCCAUGAAAGUGCGAGUGCAAGGACUCAAAGUGGCUCUGAGCUCAAAGAUGACACAAGACCAUCUCUACGUGGUGGACUCUCUGAACAUCCCCUCUCCUGACCCUCAGUACCUGCUGGACCUCAUCAGAAACAAACACUGGGGGGAGUCCGUGUUAAUAGUCGAUGUAGGUGACGAGUUUCCUGAAAACAUCCUUCAGGCAACAGCGAGUCUGAAGACGGUGAACAUUAUUCCAGCCAUCGGUCUGAACGUCCACAGCAUGCUGAAACACGAAGCUGUCGUCCUAACUCUGCAAACCAUCAAGUUUCUGGAAGAGAAGCUGCUUUGGCACGACGAGCGUUUCACCCCUCUGUACCCAUUUAAAUUACCCUACUCUGAUCUCCCGUAGAAAACAGCUGAUCACAUGUAAUAUAGUCACUGACUGAAAUGUUUUCUUUGUUUAUUGUGUUAAAAAAAAAUCAAUAAAUAAUGCCAAUCAUAAA